GAGGACUUCAGCAGGAUGAAAAACAUGAAGCUGUCUGCCAAAGCUCUGUUUCUGUGCCUCACAUUCACCCUCAGUCAGGCAGCACCACUGCAGGACUCUGCAAACGAUGCUGCUGUGCCAGACCGGUGCUCAGGUAUUGAGUUUGAUGCCAUCACUCCUGAUGAGAAGGGAAAUAUGCUUUUCUUCAAAGAUGGUCAUAUUUGGAAGGGUUUCCAUGGACCAGUACAGCUCUCCAGUGAGUACUUCAGAGAGCUCAAUGGUCACGUAGAUGCUGCUUUUCGCAUGCACAACGCGGAGAAUCCAGACGACCAUGAUCACAUCUACCUUUUCCUGGACGACAAAGUGUUCAGUUACUUCAACCAAAUUCUUGAAGAAGGGUAUCCAAAGGAAAUCCAGGAGGACUUCCCUGGAGUUCCAGCUCACCUGGACGCUGCUGUGGAGUGUCCCAAAGGAGAGUGCAUAUCCGAUUCAGUUCUGUUCUUCAAAGGACAAGAUGUAUAUGUUUAUGAUAUAACCACAAAAACAGUGAAGACUAAGCCAUGGUCCCACCUGCCCAGCUGCACUUCUGCUUUCCGAUGGCUGGAACACUAUUACUGCUUCCACGGACACAACUUCACCCGCUUCCAGCCAAUGACAGGAGAAGUGAGCGGCUCCUAUCCCAAAGACUCUCGCCAUUACUUUAUGCGCUGCCCUAACUUUGGUCAUGGAGGCAAUCGUGAGCCCCUAAAAUGUAGCAACGUUAAACUUGAUGCGGUCACCACAGAUGAUGCAGGCAGAACUUACUUCUUCUCAGGUCCCAUCUAUAUGCGCAUGGACACCCACCGUGAUGGCUUUCACGCCUUCCCAAUAACCAGAGGAUGGAAAGAGUUGACCAGCGGUGUUGAUGCCGUUUUCUCCUACACGGACAAAGUCUACUUGAUUAAGGGUGAUCAGGUAUACAUUUAUAAGGCAGACGCUCACUUCACCCUGAUUGAAGGCUACCCAAAAACAGUCAAGGAGGAGUUGGGCAUCGAGGGCCAUGUGGAUGCUGCUUUUGUUUGUCCAAAUGAACGCAUAGCUCAUAUAAUUCAAGGACGUAGGAUGCGGGACAUUGUGCUCACCACCACACCCAGGGUUAUUGCCCAAGAUAUGCCUUUACCUCUGUCCGACAUUGAUGCUGGUCUGUGCGGUGCAGAUGGAAUCAAACUGUUCAAAGGCUCACAGUAUUAUCUCUAUGAAAGCCCUCAGAUUCUGGCUGUGGGCAGGAUCGCCCCCCAACCUGCAAACAUCACCUCUGCAAUGAUGGGGUGCAAGGAUUAG